CAAUAUUCUUCACCAACAUCAUAAUUCAAAGGUGUCAAUCCUUCUUCGGUCUUCCUUAUUCAUUGUUCAGCUUUCCCAUGCAUAUGAGGUGAUUGACAACACUGUGCCUUGGGUCAGGCACACCUUAGUCUUCAAGGUGACAUCGUUGCUUUUUAACACUUUAAAGAGGUCUUUUGCAGCAGAUUUGCCCAAUGCAAUGCAUCAUUUGCUUUCUUGACUGCUGAUUCCAUUGGUUGAUUAUGGAUCCAAGUAAAAUAAAAUCCUUGAAUCUUUCAAUCAUUUCUCUGUUUAUCAUAAUGUUGCUUAUUCCAUUUGUGAGGAUUUUUGUUUUCUUUUAUGCUGAAGUGUAAUCCAGGCUGAAGGCUGUAGUCUUUGAUAUUCAUCAGUAAGUGCUUCAAGUUCUCUUCACUUUCAGCAAGUAAGGUUAUGUCAUCUGCAUAACACAGGUUGUUAACGAGUUUUCCUCCAAUCCUGAUGUUCCAUUCUUCUUCGUAUAGUCCAUGAAUUGUAUAACACGAAUAUUAUUAUUCUGAUUUUUCAAAUGAGAAAAAAAAUGCUCAGAAGGUGAACUUCAGACAAGUUCUACAAUUUCAAAAGUGAAGCAAUGUUGACAUAUUAUGUUUCUCUCUGAUUCUAUAGUUCUUGUUCUUUGAGUUUCCUAAUCUUGUUCAUUCCAUAUUGAUCACUGACUUACAGAAUUCACUAGAACCAAGUGCUUUAUAAGGCAUUGGGUAGACAUUUACCAUAUUAAUGAACUGGUGUUCUUUUUUGUGGUUCUAGGUAACGGACUUAUUAAUGAUGGCGUGGGAGAAUCAGACCUUAGACUCGGAAUUCAUCCUUCUAGGAAUUUUUGAUCAUAGCCCUACCCACAUCUUCCUCUUCUCUCUGGUCCUGGGCAUCUUCACAGUGGCCCUAAUGGGAAAUACUACCUUGAUUUUUCUCAUAUACCUGGACACCCAGCUCCACACCCCCAUGUACUUCCUCCUCAGUCAGCUGUCCCUCAUGGACCUCAUGCUGAUCUGCACCACGGUACCCAAGGUGGCCUUCAAUUACUUGUCUGGCAGAACAACCAUUUCUGUGACAGGCUGUGCCACACAAAUUUUUUUCUAUGCAUCACUGCUUAGCUGUGAGUGCUUCCUGUUGACUGUAAUGGCCUAUGACCGCUAUGUUGCCAUUUGCCAUCCUCUAAGAUACCCCAGUCUCAUGAGCCUUAAAGUUUGUGGACUUAUGGUUGCCUCCUCCUGGAUUCUGGGGUCUUCCGAUGGUGUCAUUGAUGCUGCAGCAACAUUUUCUUUCUCCUAUUGUGGGUCCCGGGAAAUAGCUCACUUCUUUUGUGAUUUUCCUUCUUUGCUAAGCCAUGCAUGCAAUGACACAUCAACAUUUGAAAUGGUUCUCUUUAUCUGCUGUAUAGGAAUGAUUGUUAUCCCUGUAGUAAUCAUCAUUGUUUCCUAUACUAGAGUCCUUCUGGCUGUCAUUCGCGUGGGAUCUGGGGAGGGUCGCCACAAAGCUUUCACCACCUGUUCCUCCCACCUCAUGGUGGUUGGAAUGUACUAUGGAACAGCCUUGUUUGUAUACAUCCGGCCCACUUCUAAUCAUUCCCCCACCCAGGACAAGAUGGUGUCCAUCUUCUACACCAUCCUUACUCCCAUGCUUAAUCCCCUCAUCUACAGCCUCCGCAACAAAGAAGUGACCAGAGCAUUCAUGAAGGUAUUAGGGCAGGGCAAGUCUGGAGAAUAAAUUCUGCAAUUGUCUUUAUUCUUUGUUUUCUGCUAAGUACUUCUCUUUCAAAAAAUCAAGUAAUGAAAACUCUAUGGAACACUGUUUUACUCUGACACACAUGGGAUC